GUCCUCCCAGUAAAGACAGACUCUGUGCUGCAGGUGUGAUGGAGGUGGACGUCCUGGAGUUCAGGGUUCCUGUGGAGAGCAACAAGACUCUCUUUGUGUGGGACAUCCAGCCGAGUCAACCCGAGGCUCAAAUCUACGACGGGCUGCACCGUGUCUUCUCGUUCUUCGGUCCUCUCCACCUGCUGAAGGUGUGUCCAAACGCCGCGCUCGGCCCGCCCGGCUUCUACGCCCUCAUCAAGUUCUACUCUGCCGCUCAGGCCUCGGAGGCUCAGCGGCAGACCGACGGACGCCCGCUGAUCCAGAACGCUCCGCUCAAGGUGAGGCUGAGCUCCAGACAGACGCCUCACUUCCUGUCAGACGGCUGCAGACCGCUGAGCCACGCCCGCUGCCUGGAACUGGCCAAUCACUGCCUGGGAUUCAACGGCUGGACCUCUGACAUCAUCGCACUAAAGGAGCUCACCAACGAAGAAGAAGAAGGUGAGGAGGAGGGUGGAGGCAGACGGAGGAGGCUGAAGUUCGGCUGUCUGCUGCAGCUCCGCUUCCCCCGUCACGGACAGACCACCAGAGCUGCAGCCGUGGUGGAGGACAGCUUCACCUGCACAGGUCCAGAUGUUUUGAUUCAGAAACGCUGCAGACUGCAGAAGUUGGCGAGAGAGCGAGCUCUGGUUCAGGCCUUCAGCAGCGUGCUGCUCAUCCUGCUGGGUGACGGUAAAGUGAUGGUGGAGGUGAAACAGACCUCAGAUCAGUUCCUGGCUGAUGAGGCCGAAGGAGUCGUUCAGGUUAACCAGUUGUCCUGGGGGGAGUUUGCUGCUGAUGAAGAGGAGGCUGAUGAUGAAGAGUGGGAUCUGACUGAUUGUUGGCGCCCAGAGGACUGUGGUGUCUCUAAAGAACAGUGAUGCAUUCGACUGAAUGAAGGGACUGUUGUGAUUGGUUGUUCCUGCUCAGCUCUCCGUUACAACCAUAGUCUGUAAAUAAAGAUGGCCGACACGCCCCUCUGACCCGCUGAGAUUAAAAUAUUGGAGGAUCGAGGAUGAUGUCAUGUAGAGGCGGAGCCUGCACAGUGGCGAUAUCCGAGGUGGGUGAGUUCCACCUU